ACUCAGCACGAUGAGGGGAACUGACGUCACGUGUAGCCCCGCCCCCAAAAUAAGCGAAAUCAAAAAUUUAGCACAACAUGGACAUGUCAUAUAUCAAAACACUCAGCACGAUGAAGGGAACAGACGUCACGUGCAAUCACAUUCACAUUUUCUUUAGGAAAUGUACCGUUCUAGUUUAUUCUAGUAGAUUGUAUUAUCUGCCGGCAGCGGGAUGAUGAAAUUUGCGUCAUUACGUCAGGACGUAUAAGAACUGGUGAACUGGAUUUUUGAACUGGUUCAUUAAAUCGAACUGUCCGAAAGAACCGGUUCGCGGAAAAGAAACGAACUUCCCAUCACUAGUGGAACACACUGCGACCGAAAAGUGACCAGUGUCUAGGACCAGUUUACCUUCAAAGGCAGAAAGCAGGUUGGAAGGAAUUUACGUCAUGACGUCAUUGUGAAUUACGUCAGGACGUAAAAGAAAAAAAAAACUUGUUUUUUGAAAUGUUUUCGCGGAAAAGAACCCAACCAUCCAUAGCAGUCCAGUUAUAGUUCCACUUCCAGUCUAUUAGGCGGUGCGCAUCUGCAAUACAACAACAACAAAAUAACAUAUACAGCAAGAAAUGAACACGACGCGCACUGGUCGGUCUGUUGGACAAAAAAAAAAAGAAAAUGAAAUGAUAUAAGAUGGUGUGUUAUGAUGGUCAGGACACGGUUAACAUGUUUUUGUCUGCUGUUUAUGUUUUUUGCCAACAUUAAAGCCAUAAAGGUCAUUGGUCGGGAUGGGACUGUAACAGCAGGAGAUGAUGCGCAGUUAUUCUGUGAAGCGAUCGAGACAACAGAGCCUCUAACAACUAUUUGGUGGCAAAGACGAACAAAGAAAAAGCCAACAAAUACAGAUUUUCUGGUCAUCACUUCCAGUGGCAAAGAAGAACAUAUAAACGGACUGAGGGACCGAGUAAAAUUUGCAGGAAACUUAGCAGUACUGGACGGCUCAAUUCUUCUAAGUAAUGUUACUCUUUUAGAUGAAGGAAUCUACACCUGCAUCUUCAGCAUAUUUCCAAGUGGACGAAAUGAAACAGAAAUUCGUCUCACAGUACAAGUUCCUCCUGUUGUGACUGUGGGCACUGAUGUUCCUGCUGUUGCUGGAGACACUGAAGGGAUUUUAGCGACCUGCACUGCAGCCAAUGCAAAGCCUGCAGCAGAAGUGUCGUGGAGUCUGGGUGCUUUAAACAACACAGUGAAAGUACAAAAUACUGUCACUGUGGACUCUGAAGAUAGAUACACUGUUAAAAGCAACCUGAUUGGAACUGCAUCUAAAGAUCUAAACCAGAAGAAGGUUCAGUGUGUAGUCACACACCCUGGCCUAAAGCAGGAACUGGAACUGAAUUACAUAUUGAAUAUUCACUCUACAGAAUCUAAAACCUGUUGGACUCUGUUCAUCCUGACCCUCGUUGCUGUUUGCUGUUUUCUUUUUUGGAAAUUUGAAUUGUUUCAGCGUGUUAAUAAAAUACUGCGGCGUGAUAUCAGUCAACCUGUGCGUACGGAAUCUCCAGACCAUGAAGAGGAGCAUUGAUACAUGUAUGAAUCAAAGCGCUCUACUGGGACCAUACCUUGUCGUGGUGGAUGGGCUUAUCCUACUUCAAGUGAGGAGGAAACAAAAUGGUCCCAUAGGAUUUGUAACAUAAAGGUCCAUAUAACAUAUGUAACAUAUAAGGUUUGUUGACUAAUCUGUCAUGAGCAUGAUCUUUCAACAGGAAAACAACCAGGUCUAAAAAAUUUCCUGUAGCGAGAGGAAGACACCAAGGCAUCUGCAACAAUACAACGUCACAAACAUAACUCUUUUUAACAUUUCCUCAAGUGAUUAUACCUGGAUGCUUAUUUCAGAACCUUAUUUCAUCUCAUCCUACUGCAGAACUGGGUAAAGCCAAUUCUAGCAGAUGAGUGACUCUCUACAAAUUUCAACAACACUUUUACCCAGUUUAACCUUUAAUUUAGUGCAUUAUGCAUAAAAACUGAAUACGUUAUUGUACAAUGGUGCAAAACAUUUAGUCACAGGUUUGUGGAACUUAAAAACACUGUCCUGCAUGUUAACAUAAAUCAAACAUCAAAAUAUAGAAACUGUUUAAAAUCUAAUUUCCAAUUCCAGGAAGCAAUUCUGAAAACAUGAAUUGACUCCACACACUUAAAAUCUUAAUUGGCUGCUGUUUUAAAAAGAAAAUCUUUGUAAAAAUUGUUAAUUUAUACGUAUGUAUGUGUUUUUAAAGUAAACAAAUUUAUUUUAUCAAUUUGCCCCUGAAACUUGGCAUCUUUUAGCCUGUACAAUUGCAUCAAUAUCAGGCAUUAUUUAAUAAUAAUUACAUAAUUUCUUUUUUUUUUUAAUUAUUCAUUUAAUUGCAUAACAGGAACUGUAACAUAACAAACAGUACACAGUACAUAUUUAGAGGAGCACACAAUAUUACAAUAUUCAACUAGUAUCAUAUACAUUCAUUAGACAGAAAACACUGAUUUUAAAGAACCCGGAAGCGUUCAUUACACUGGUGAGGGUUCCCUCUGGUGGGUGGAAGGGGAACUGCUAGUGGAGUUGUUGCUCUAUAUACAGUAUAUAAACUAGAAAGUAUGUCUCUGUGUGUAUAUGGAUACAUGCUCUACUCAGUCAGUUUCAAUUUGGUGUUGUUUUUGAAUCUGUUUUAUAAAUAAGUUACUUUAAUUGCUAACUUAUGUGCUAACUUAUACCCCGUGAUGGACAGCAGUGUGUACUUAAUCCAGUGGAGAAAGAAGUUUUAGAUACACUAACUAACUUACUAAGUUAAAGCAUGUUCGCGUUUACAUUACAUUUGCCAGACGCCGUUAUUCAGAGUGAAUUACAUUUAUCAUUUUUACAUCUCAUUUAUAUAAUGGAGCAAAGGUCUUGCUCAAGGGCCCAGCAGUACGCAGCUUGGUGGUGCCUGGAUUUGAACUCACAACCUUCUAAUCAUUAGCCAAACACCUAAAUAGCGAUAUAUGGUUUGUUCUAGACAAUAAUUUUAUAUAUUAUUUUGUUAAUGAUAUGUUAUUUUUAGCUUGCAUUUAACAGAAAGAAAACCAUCUGUAUAAAAAGCAAUCAGAGGAUGAUGUUUGACUCUGACCUUCAUCAUGAACAUGUGAUCUUUCAAGGAUUUUCAUGAAUGAUGGAUGAUUCAGUGUAGUUAUGACCUUGCCUGAAGCUAUUCUUUUACAAACGUGAAUAAAGCAACAAACAAAACCUGUAUAGAACUAGAAAAUUAAAGAAACCAUGUAAUAAAACAAAUAAAAUAGCUUUGGUUUAAUUACA